AUGUCCAUGGCCUGUUGGCCCUGUCUAGGGGAUGGGCUUCAGUUCCCCAAUCCAGAGAGCUUGGCUAGGGCCCCGGUACGCCCACCUCCUCGGAGCCACGAGGCAGGAGUGUUCUCCUUAUGUGACUAGGCACAAGUUCCAAGUGGGGAGGGGACUGGCUCCGCAUCCGGAGCCAAAACAGGAAUAGAACUGGGAGCUGAGCCUGGAGCAGUUCUGGGCUUUCGGUUCUCCGCAUCAACACAGCCAGCAUGCCUAUGAUUUCUGUGCUGGGUAAAAUGUUUCUGUGGCAGCGGGAAGGGCCUGGAGGAAGAUGGACUUGUCAGACAAGUCGCAGAGUGGCCUCGGACCCGGCGUGGGCUGUGGAGUGGAUCGAGCUUCCUCGUGGCCUCUCUCUGUCCUCCUUGGGAUCCGCUCGGACCCUCCGUGGCUGGAGCCGCUCCUCCCGCCCUUCCUCUGUGGACAGCCAGGACCUGCCCGAGGUGAAUGUUGGAGACACAGUCGCGAUGCUGCCCAAGUCCCGGAGAGCCCUCACCAUCCAGGAGAUCGCUGCGCUGGCCAGAUCCUCCCUGCACGGUAUUUCUCAGGUGGUGAAAGACCACGUGACUAAGCCGACAGCCAUGGCUCAGGGCCGAGUGGCUCACCUCAUUGAGUGGAAGGGCUGGAGCAAGCCCAGCGACUCUCCUGCUGCCUUGGAAUCCGCCUUCUCCUCCUAUUCCGACCUCAGCGAGGGCGAGCAAGAGGCCCGCUUUGCAGCCGGAGUAGCUGAGCAGUUUGCUAUCGCAGAAGCCAAGCUCCGGGCGUGGUCUUCGAUGGACGGGGACGAUUCCACCGAUGAUUCUUACGACGAGGACUUUGCUGGGGGCACUGACACAGACCUGUCUGGGCAGCUGUCUCUGGGGUCCCACCUCCAGGACCUGUUCUCGGGGCGCCGAUUCUCCCGGCCCGUCCGCCAGGGCUCCGUGGAGCCCGAGAGCGACUGCUCCCAAACGGUGUCUCCAGACACCCUGUGCUCCAGCCUGUGCAGCCUGGAGGACGGCCUGCUGGGCUCCCCCGCCCGCCUCGCCUCGCAGCUGCUGGGCGACGAGCUGCUGCUCGCCAAACUGCCCCCCAGCCGGGAAAGUGCCUUCCGCAGCCUGGGUGCCCUGGAGGCCCGGGACUCGCUCUACAACUCGCCCCUCACGGAAUCCUGCCUCUCCCCCGCCGAGGAGGAGCCCGACCCCUGCGCGGACUGCGCGCCGCUCUGCCUGCCCGCGGCGGGGAGCUGGGAGCGGCAGCGGCACGCCUCGGACGUGGCCUCUUCCGGGGUGGCGUCCUUCGACGAGGAGGAGGCGGAGCCCGAGGGACAGUGACCCGGACGGUGCCGGGGGGCGGCACGUGCGCCCCGAAGCCUCCAGGGCGCCCGGGAGCCCUCGCUUCUCCGUCGUCGUCCUCGUCGUCGUCGUGUUUUGCAUGAAAGUGUGUGGAGAGGAGGCGGGGGCCGAGCUGGGGGCGCAUGUCCUGCCCCCACUCCGGGGGUUUGCCGGGGCUUGCCCGGGGCCCCUGGGGCAUGGCCGCCGCUGUGGCGGGCCGUGUCGUUCAUGUUCUUCAAUCUCAAAUGCCACAUUUCCUCCUGGACGAUGUGAACUCCUGGGGGGGGGGGAGGGGGAGGGGGAGGGAGCUGGGCUAAGGCCUCUUCCCCCCCCCCGGCCCCCCACCCCUCUCCUCCGCUUCUCUCCUCACCUUCAAGUCCACGUGCAGUGCUUAAUAGAACCACCUCCACCUUGGGGGGCUGGCUCCUGCCCUUGGGGAGCCCCCGGACUGAGCCGCCCCCGAAGGGCCCCUCGCCCGGCCGGGCUCGUGCUGUGCUUCCCCCUCCACCCUCUCUAAAUCAUCUUCUCCUUGUUUUGUAAAGACAGAGAGUUUCUGGUCUGUUCUUUCGGUCGGGUACUGUCUAGGAGGCACCGGAGUGACGCGCGUGCGUGCCCGCCGCCUUGCUCCUGACCCCCCUCCCCCCUCCCGUGAGGCCUGUGGCCCUUUCCCAGGCCCCCCGGGAUGGGCAGGCUCCCGCACAGUGCUCCUCGAGUGGGGCGCUGCCAGGUGGGCUGGCCGGGACUGCGCAGAGCUGAGGUUCCGGUGUUCUUCCAGAAAGGGCCACAAGGGGGCCUCCGAGAGGGCCGGGACGCGGGGCCAGAGUUGUGCCAGUGAGCGACAGUCAGGCGACAGUCAGCGGGAGGGCGGCUCCUUGGGCAGAGGAGGCAGUGCCUUUCCUGACCUAAUCGACAGCCACAGCCACACUGCGAGGGGCCCUGCCCCAGCCAGGGCGUCGGUGGCCGGGCAGAGGGGCCCUUGGCGCCACCCCACAUCCCACGGAAC